GUCAAGUCUUCUGAGUGUGUCCUCGCUGGAGGAUCGUACCACAGCGUGUGUUGCGCUGCUGUGACCUGGACAGACCCCUGGCGCUACUUCACAGAAAGGCGAGGAAGAUGAUGAUGAAGGGGAUCGUGGUCCUGCUGUGCACCGUCCUGACGUGCGUAGCUCAGAAAUGGAACCAGGGAAGCUCACGUUGGGACCCCAAAGCAGAACGUACCAACGCAAAGACCUGUUCCAACCUGACCCAGGUACUGGACAACUGGAAAUACGCCAUUCUAACCCACGUGAAAGACCUGCUGAUCAAUGACCAUGCCUCUGUGCUGCCAGAAUACAGCAGGAUCCAGCCUCUGUCCGAUGCCCUGCGAGACCUCUACAGGCACUUCAACGCUCUCAAAGAUGAGCUGGGGAAGCUCACGUCCAAGUUGGACAGCGUGGAGGGUUUUGUGGACGACCUGAAGAACGGCAGGCUGUCUGUGGCUCAGCGGCCCGUACAGAGGCUUCCCCCCUCCCUCGGUUUGAGGUCUCCACUGAGAGCUCAGAUGAGGUCACCUGACAAGGGGACAAUCAAGGGGUCAAAGGUGAGCAGAGCCAGGAGAAGAGGACCACAGAGACUGAAGACCCAUCAGAACUGAUGCAUCAACCAAGGGUUACUGUGGUUAUUUUAACAUGAUUAGUUUGUAUAGUUUUAUUGAGAAGUGAAAUGUGAGAAUAGGUCACAAGCUAGUAAAUGGUCUAGAAAAGACACAUUUCAAAAGUCCAAACAAUUUUUUCACCAUUGCCUAAAUAGACACAUUUAACCACAAGGAGGCAGCUUAAAUCAAUUUAUUGGCACUUUUAUCACACUGCUCUGUGUUUAAAUAAUAGCAGGACAUCAUAAUGGCUGUAUAGUCUACAUAAAAGAUUUCAUACAAUAUUUAUACAUUGUAUAACAGACAGUUUUUAUCUUAGUUAUUUACCCAAAUUAUUAUUUUGGUUAAAUACCUUAAUUAUAAAUUUAACGUAUUAUUUGUGACAGUAAAAUUGACUCAAUACAACGAGCACUGAUA